AUGUCACCAAGGUUACUACCAGUUGCCUGUUGUAUUGGUUGUGAAAGAAAGUACCGACAAGCCAACAAAACCUGCAUGGCGAGAAAGAUGCCAGCGAAUGAAACUGUCGUGAUACCAACAUCAUUUAUAGGCCGUAUUAGUGCCCGUACGAGUCUUAUCUCAACCAGAGAUUACAAAACUACGGUGCAAUUAUUAGAUGAUAACGAAACGAUCUGUCAAGAAUUCAAGAAGACAUCGAACGCCCAAAUUAUAUUGGACUACGUAUGCGAAUGUUUGAAUAUUGUUGAAAAGGAUUACUUUGGGCUCCGGUAUCAGGAUUUUAGUAGACACAGGUACUGGAUGGAUCUCAACAAACACAUAUAUAAACAAGUACGAGGUCCUAAUGUGGCUUUGCGAUUUCGCGUAAGGUUCUAUCCAUCCGAUGUGAGUGUCUUGAAGGAGGAGGUGACUCGGUAUAUGUUAUUUGUGCAGUUGCAAAGAGACCUCCUCCAUGGACGUUUAUACUGUCCCCAGAGUGAAGCAGCUGUACUGGGUGCGCUGGCUCUGCAGUCCAUAAUCGGUGAUUACGAUGCAGAAGAGAGACCAAAAAACUACGUUGCUGAGUACAAGCUAGUUUUAAAGCAAACCGAAAAACUUGAAGAAAAGAUCGCUGAGUCUCACAAAUUGUUCAAAGGGCUCACUCCGGCGGAAGCAGAAAUGGAAUUUUUGAAACGAGCAUCCAGACUAGACACUUACGGAUUUGACCCAUAUAUCGUUGUGAAUAAGCAAAAACAAACAAUGUACAUCGGAGUUACCUAUCGCGGUAUCUACAUUUACCAUAUUAGUCGAAUGAUCCAUCACAUCACAUGGAAUGAACUAGAAAAAAUAGAUUAUCUUGGGAAAGAAAUCAUGAUAACACCGGUGUUAUCUUACGUUUCGCCUUACUCAUCGUCCAUUGAGGAUGCUGAACUUACAGCGAACACAUUGAAAUCUACUUCCAGCAUAAGAAAUGGAUUUAUCAAGCCUCAUAAAACGACAAGUGUGCUGAAAUUCCACUGUCCGUCAGCAGUUUUCGCGAAACAUCUUUGGUGUCAUAUUUUAUCACAGCAAGCUUUUUUUACUGAAAAUGACGCUAAGCAUAUUAAACCGAAGUUUUCGAAGCCACGUAUACCCUUGCUGACUCGUGGUUCAACGUUUCGUUUUCCGAUGUCAAGAGUCCUUCACGAAAUUGAAAUGGAAGGGUUUGGUAAACGCGAUGGACCUCAACCAAAAUUUAUCAGAUAUCCACUACUUCGCCAAGCACCGCGACAAUAUGUCUGCAGUACUGAUAAUAAGUAUAACUCACUUCCAGUUGUUCGCAAUGGUGAAAAAGCCUCCGAAGUGAUACCAGAAUGUCUAGAGGAAGAAAAUGCAAUAAAAAUAGCUUCACAUAGUGCUGUGAUGAGUGAAGUGGAUUUAUUUCCAGUAGCCGAAAAUUCAGCCACAGUUGCUUCCUCUGGUUCCGAAAAUACGACAACAUUUACUAUACAUCUUGUGCGGAAGGAACUAUUAUCUCCACAGACGCUUGGAACCUUUGAUUCUGAAAUGCAGUCACCAGUUAAAGAUUCUUUUGAACAGAUGUUGGAUGCAGUAAAGCCGUUAUGCGCCAGCACGCCUACUGGAAAUCCUAGUCCUGAUUCCUGUACGAUCUUUACAACGAUAACGACGACGAAAAUAGAUGAUGUUGGAUGCAGUAUUAAUGUACAUAGAAGUCCCGAUAAAAUAAAACAUCAUAACCCUACCAGCUCCCAAAUUUUAACGAAGGAGGAGGAACUGGAAACCAUUGUAAGGCAUCCUACCACUUCGAUUACUGCAUCUGCUGCCAAAAUAUUCUUCUCAUUCCUGUUGUUUUGGCUUCUGUUAACUGCGGUCGCUAUCUCUUUAUUUGAGCACGAUUCACCGUGGUUGGACUCUAUACCGGCCUUGGAUUCAGUAAGGCACGUGUUGUAUGAGCCACUGCGGCACCACAUUUUGGCCCUGUAUGUUCGCCUAGGGCAUCACUGA